CGGCGUAAUCGAUUUUCCAUUUUAAUUUUUAUUAUCUUCGUUGCGUUUCGUAUCUUCAGAUAAUCUUCUUCUUUCCCUCUCCCUGCCCAGAAACGAAAACCCCAAAAUCGGGAAGUGAACUGAAAAAAUGUUGAACAGCACCCUAUUUUUCUCCGCUUCCUCACACACAUCUCCACCCAUCGCCAACCUUACUAUCCCUCCUUUUUUCUCCAUUAUUCCCUACGCUUUCUGCAACCACCAGCAGCAGUAUCUACUAAAACAACCCAAGAAAAGGAGGCAGUCAUUGGCCUUGUUUGCUGCAAGCUAUGAAGUGGGUGGGGGCUAUCCAGAUGACUUCGUAGACGUUCGAGAUAAGGGUUCAAGAAACGGAGGAAAAGGGAACCAAAAACUCGAUAAUUCCCAGUAUGAAGCCCUCCUCGAAGGAGGGGAACAAGUCACAUCUGUUCUCCAAGAAAUGAUCACCAUUUUGGAGGAUAUGAACAUGGAUGAAGCAUCUGAGGAGGUAGCUGUGGAGUUGGCUGCACAAGGAGUUAUAGGGAAGAGAGUUGAUCAAAUGGAGUCGGGUUUUAUGAUGGCCCUAGAUUACAUGAUCCAGCUUGCUGAAAAGGACCAAGAUGAUAAGCGUAAAUCACUGUUGGAGGUGAUCAAGGAAACAGUAUUAUCCCAUCUUACGAAAAAGUGUCCCCCGCAUGUUCAAGUGAUUGGCCUGCUAUGCAGAACUCCCAAGAGAGAAAGCAGACAUGAACUACUACGCCGAGUGGCUGGUGGUGGUGGUGUAUUUAAAAGUGAGAAUGGCACAAAAGUUCAUAUUCCUGGGGCAAAUCUUAAUGAUAUAGCUAACCAGGCUGAUGAUUUACUGGAGACAAUGGAAACUCGGCCUGUUGUUCCAGAUAGAAAACUACUUGCAAGGCUUGUUUUGAUUAGAGAGGAAGCUCGGAAUAUGAUGGGAGGUGGAAUACUGGAUGAGAGAAAUGACCGCGGUUUAAAUACUCUCCCUGAAGCAGAGGUAAACUUCUUAACCAAACUGGUAGCUUUGAAACCAGGGAAAACCGUCCAGGAGAUGAUAAAAAAUGUAAUGCAAGGAAAAGACGAAGGUGCGGAUAACUCUGACAGUGAUGAGGAACAUAGUACAGGUGGAAAGGCUUCAAGUGGAAUUGCAGGAAGGAAAUCUGUUACGGGAAGGAAGCCACUUCCUGUGCGCCCUGGCAUGUUUCUUGAGACUGUCUCCAAGGUCUUAGGGGGCAUUUACUCUGGAAACGACUCUGGCAUCACAGCGCAACAUUUAGAAUGGGUUCAUCAGAAGACACUCCAAGUUCUUCAGGAAAUAGCAUUUUAGCUGUUUUCUAUGAGCUACCAAUUCCCUCAUUGCAAAACGAAUCCAGUUUUGAUUAUCAUACACCAUCUGAUGACAGAGAAGCACAACGGGUCUUGUUAAUAGACAGAAGUCUAUAGAACUCGGGGAAUGUCUCAGGAAGAAUGCUGCAAAAGUUACAUACAUAAAAUGUAGAAGGAAGCAUUGUUCCAUCCAUUCCACCGUGAUUUGUGUAUGAAAAGUUCAAAGAGA